AUGGCAAAACACAGCAGCAACGGAAGCUCCGACGACCUGACCUUCCCCCUCGAGAUCCCGCCGGCCAAAAUUAGGUUCACCAAGCUCUUCAUCGGUGGCGAAUUCGUCGACUCUGUUUCAGGGAAAACGUUCGAGACGAUUGACCCGAGAACCGGGGAGGCGAUAGCAAGCGUGUCGGAAGGAGAUAAAGAGGACAUCGAUUUGGCCGUCGGAGCUGCCCGCCGUGCUUUCGACCACGGGCCUUGGCCCCGCUUGCCCGGCGCUGCAAGGGCAAAGAUAAUGCACAAAUUUGCGGACCUGAUCGACCAACACAUCGAGGAGCUGGCGACCCUCGACACCCUGAACGCCGGCAAGCUGUUCAGCUGGGGCAAAGCGGUCGACAUCCCUUCCGUGGCCAACACCCUCCGCUACUUCGCCGGCGCCGCCGACAAGAUCCACGGCCAGGUCCUGAAGAUGUCGCGGGAGCUUCACGCCUACACACUCCUCGAGCCCAUCGGCGUGGUGGGGCUCAUCAUCCCGUGGAACUUCCCCAGCACCAUGUUCUUCGUGAAGGUCAGCCCCGCCUUGGCCGCCGGCUGCACCAUGGUCGUCAAGCCCGCCGAGCAGACCCCUCUCUCCGCCCUCUUCUACGCUCAUCUCGCCAAAGAGGCGGGAAUUCCUGAUGGAGUGAUCAACGUGGUGAACGGAUUUGGUCCCACCGCCGGCGCCGCACUUACUUCCCAUAUGAACGUCGACAAGGUGAGUUUUACAGGGUCAACUGAAGUGGGCCGGAAGGUGAUGCAGGCAGCAGCGGCCAGCAAUCUGAAAACGGUAUCGCUCGAACUGGGCGGGAAAUCUCCCCUCCUGAUCUUCGACGACGCCGACAUCGAUCAGGCCGCCGAUCUCGCCCUCUUGGGGGUCAUGCACAACAAGGGUGAAGUCUGCGUCGCGGGCUCGCGAGUGCUUGUACAGGAAGCGAUCUACGAUGAGUUCGUGAAGACAUUGGUUGAGAAAGCCAAAGAAUGGGUUGUUGGGGAUCCUUUCCACCCAAAUUCUCGUGUUGGUCCGCAGGUUGAUAAGAAGCAGUACGAGAAGGUGAUGUCUUACAUUGAGCACGGCAAGAGAGAAGGAGCGACCUUGCUCACCGGCGGGAAACCCGCGGCCAAGAAGGGAUACUACAUUGAGCCCACCGUCUUCACAGAUGUCACGGAUGAUAUGAUGAUAGUGAAGGACGAAAUCUUUGGCCCUGUCAUGGUGCUAAUGAAGUUCAAAACCAUGGAAGAUGGGAUAAGAGCUGCAAACAACACGAGGUACGGGCUGGCGGCAGGGAUCGUGACGAAGAGCUUGGAUACAGCGAACACGGUGUCGAGAUCGAUCAGGGCGGGAGUGAUAUGGAUCAACUGCUACUUCGCAUUCGACAACGACUGCCCUUUCGGAGGGUACAAAUCGAGCGGGUUCGGGAGGGAUGAAGGGAUGGUGGGUCUUCAGAAGUACCUCCAGGUUAAAUCUGUGGUCACUCCACUUUACAACUCUCCUUGGCAAUGA